UCCAUUUUUCGGGGAGUAGGAAAACUCUAGACUGAGGUUGGCAACCGCAGCACUUCCGCAGGCUGGAGUCUGGAAAACUUUUCCCUUUAAUCAGUGCGGUGAAUCUCGCGUUCUGAGAAGAAACUGAGCCCUGACGGCACACGCUGCCGAAGCGUCUUCAGACGAAGCGUCGCGCCGCAGGCCAGAGACUGGGCUCGUGCUUUGUUCCCACUUCGGCGUGGCCAUGAGCGUGCUGCCCCCUGUCCGUAAAGACCGCGUCAUCGCGCACCUUCCCCAGUGUUUUAAUAGAGCUGCUGCUUUACACACAGCCAGUGACUUCCAUGCCAAGGUGAGAACAGCCUGCCAAGAGCAGAGGACUGGCACAGUGGGUAGAUUUAAAAUCUCCAAAGUUAUUGUAGUUGGUGACCUGGCAGUGGGGAAAACCUGUUUGAUUAAUAGAUUUUGUAAAGAUGUCUUUGACAAAAAUUACAAAGCCACCAUUGGAGUGGACUUUGAGAUGGAAAGAUUUGAAGUGCUGGGAGUCCCCUUUAGCCUCCAGCUAUGGGACACUGCGGGUCAGGAGAGGUUCAAGUGCAUCGCAUCCACGUACUACCGAGGAGCACAGGCCAUAAUAAUCGUUUUUGAUUUGAAUGACGUGGCCUCACUUCAACAUACCAGGCAGUGGCUGGAGGAUGCUCUGAGAGAGAAUGACGCUACCAGUGUGCAACUCUUCCUCGUUGGCACAAAGAAAGAUAUGAGUUCCCCAGCUCAGUAUUCCCUCAUCGAACAGGACGCCAUCAAAGUAGCUGGAGACAUCAAAGCAGAGUACUGGGCUGUGUCCGCUUUGACUGGGGAGAACGUGAGAGAAUUUUUCUUCCGUGUGGCUUGUUUGACGUUCGAGGCCAACGUGCUGGCAGAGCUGGAGAAAAGUGGCUCCAGACGCAUCGGGGACGUUGUCAAAAUCAACAGCAACACAAGUAACUUGUACACAACUUCUAAGAAGAAGCAGCCAAACUGUUGUCAGUAAAGGGAGGAAUUAUUUUAAAAAUAACAGGAUACAUUUGCACUGAAACAAUGAUGGUACCAAAGCAAACCUAUAAGGGAAAAUCCAAUAUACCUGAAACUGAACCAACCAGCAUCACAUAAGUAAUAAAUUGUGAACCUUGUGAUUGGUUCUCUGCAGGACAGGGUGGAGCUAGUCAGCUGGGGAGGGGGUGGGACAAUCGUGAGAUCUCCAUGGCGCUGAAUGCUUUAGUGCCCUAUAAUGCUGCUGUAUCUCUUACAGUGUCUCAGUGUUAUUGAUUAUGGCACUGGUGUGGGAUAAUACCAAUGUCUGUUUACUUUUGCAUGUUUUUUAGUUUACAGGGAGCAAUGUUCAAGUAUCAAAAAGUGACGGGCACUGCAUUUAAUGAUAAUAGUAUUAAAUAGUCAUACACAGUUUUUAUACAGUUUAUUAGUGAUUUUAUUACCAUAAAUGAGAAAAAUAAUAAUCAAUAUGCAAAUUGUUGUCUGUGCUUUUUGACUAAUUAAACCAUGUUUAUAUUGUGCAUUCUUUAAUAACGAAAAACAUUGUUAAAAUUAAAAGUCUCUAACAUU